AUGUCAUUUUUUUCAAAUAAUUCCCUACAACAAAGUUCUUUUCCUUCUUUUACAUCUAAUCAAAAUCAAAGCCUAAACAAUUCUCAGCCGUUUUCCGGCUUCUCCAAUUCAACUCCCUUAGUCUCUCCUCAAACCAACUCACUUUUAGGUAUUUAUAUAUUUUUUAUAUUAUACAAAUUUAUAGGAAACUCUUUUAAUAGUACACAAUCUACUGGUUCCAUUUUUGGUCAAUCUCAACCCAGUCAGUCGAUAUUUGGUCAAUCUAAACCUUCAUUAUUCGGACAAUCUCAACCCAGUCAAUCAAUUUUUGGACAAACGAGUCAAUCCAAUACUGGUUCUAUAUUUGGUCAAAGUCAACCUUCUCAAUCAAUUUUUGGACAAAAUUCACAAUCUAAUACUGGUUCUAUAUUUGGUCAGAACACACAAUCAAGUGGUUCAAUAUUUGGUCAAAAUAGUCAGUCUAGUGGUUCUAUAUUCGGACAAUCCACCAGUGGAUCUAUAUUUGGACAAACACAGCCUAAUCAAUCUAUAUUUGGGCAAAGUCAACCCGGCCAAUCAAUAUUCGGUCAGAACACACAAUCUACCGGUUCUAUAUUUGGUCAAACCAGCAAAUCCAACACUGGUAGUAUAUUUGGUCAAUCUCAGCCAAGCCAAUCUAUAUUUGGACAGAAUACACAAUCAAGUGGCUCAAUUUUUGGUCAACCUCAACCCAAUCAAUCAAUAUUUGGCCAAAGUCAAACUUCAAUAUUCAGUCCAACGGAGCCAAGUGACAGCGUUUUGGGGCAAAAUAAUAUGUCAACAGGCCCUUUAUUAGAUCAAACUGCCACAGCAAUUAAUUCAACAUUUGAUGAAAAUUCAAUAAUUAGCGAACUAACAAAUAAACAAAAGGAAUUUAUUUAUGAACUUUGGAUGGAAGAUGCAUUCAAAUCAGAAAAUUUCGAGGUAAAUUUUAAACCAUUAAUUCCAUGUUUAGGAUGGAAAGAUACCAGAAUUCCCACCAAAUUUAAAUCACUUCGUCAAUUUCAGUUUCUAAUUAAUUUAUUACAUGUGUAA